ACUUGCACGAUGGAAAGUGUCUGUAGCAGCAAUGGUGCUCGUGAUGAUCUCGUCAACUGGCAUUCAAGCACAGGACGCUGGCACCGUAACCGCGGCGAAUCCAGAGGUGACGGCGCCGGCAGUUGAUACGGCAACCCCAGUAGAUACCACAGCACCACCGGUGACGGGUCCAGCAGCUCCGAUAGUCACUACAGCCGCUCCGGUCGUCACGGAAGCGGUGACGACGCCGCCAGUAGCUACAGAAGCUGUCACAGUCCCCGCCGUGACGGAAGCUUCCACCACUAGCACUCCAGUGUCGACGCCGGCUCCCGUUGCGACGGACGCAGCUACCGAGACGCCAGCUCCAGUAAGUACGGAUCCUCCAACCACGUCGACACCUACAGCGACGCCGUCCACCGUGUCCGAAUCCAGUGUGCCGAUACUACAUGACACGACGUCUCCACAGAACUUGCGAGGCAAUGACGAUGGGAGUAGCGCGAGUGCGUCUUCCCUAUCUUCGUCCUCACGGAGCGUUUUGGAGGAGCACAAGACCGGAACUCUGAACGGAAUGUCCUCCACCAAGAUGAUGGUCAUCUGUGUGCUCGGAGGAGUUGGCUUGACCGUCAUCUUGAGUCUACUCUUCGUCUUGUGGAGGCAUCAGAGACGUGACGACCUGGAGCUCGGCACGCCUAUCGCUCCCGACACUACCGCGAUCACGUCUCCACCUGCCUCGGCCGCCUCAGCGAAUGCUGCUGCCUGGAAGGCUAAAGAGUCGAGUUACCCGCCUCAAAUGCCGCUGGCCGCGAACACCCGCGCCAAGAUGAAUGCCACCACACGAUCAUCUGCAGAAUUCGAUAUGGCUAACCGAAUCUCGCAGAUCGCCAAUCCCCCAGCUCACAGCACGAAGCCGAACCAGGCAAACCGAGAGACCAACGCGUCUUCCGAACGGAGUUUCAGUAUCCGUGGCUACUCCGAGUUCUCGCUGCAUCAUGAAGGCGACUCCGAGGCGUCCGUCAUAACCAACGAUCGAUACUCAACCAACGACGGGUAUUCCACGAGCGACAGAUACUCGAUGUCGUCUCGGCUCUCCAGUGAAGUCGGACGCAGCAACUCCGGCUGGUUCCAGCGCCAGGCUCCCAAUAGUCUCGACAGACACCGCUUUUCGUCCACAUCGUCGACUGCUUCGUCAAUCGCGGCAAGGAAGCACACUAAAGUGUCGUUUGUCAAUCCAGAUCUCACUCAAACGUCCAAUACAGAGACCGCCGCUGCCACCACCUCACGCACGGACGUCCCAGACUGGUAUCGCGUCAUUGAGUCCCCGAGCGACAACGACCGAUACACCACUGCAUCACUUGACAGCGAUAAUAUCAGCAGUGAACGGGAGUCGUUUGAACUGUAGACAAGAAGACAUAAUUGUUCACCCACAUAAUCAGGGUAUAUGAACCUUAAGCAAAC